AUGCCGGAAGCGGUCCCUCUGUCGACGACGGCAACGCCGCCCAAACGUUCCACCUCAUCAGGCCCUGGCGGUCUCGGUUUGACCAUUGACACCGACACGCACGACACACCGCCUCUCACACCGACCCACAACUAUCCAACAGCUGUUCUCAAUGGCGACGACCGCCUGCAUCUGCAUGCCAUGAACGCGUCCAGCAGCAUGGGCGCAUCGGCGGUGCCCCCGCCCCACAAUAACAACACGGCCGUGGGCAACGGCAGACACACGGCGCAUACGCAUCCCACGUUCAACCUCCCUGCACACGCCGAUGGCAACAACCCGUCACCGCCUUCACCCAUUGCCGUCGACAAGCCGCUGCCGAGUCUCAAGGCUCCCUCCCCACUAUACCUCGCGCCAUCACCAUCAGCUUCGAGGUCGGCCCUCGGGUUGGGUCCACUACCAAACGAGAGGCAGCGCACGUUGCCUCCAACGCCAACCACCCCGUCUCCUGCUAGUGCAGACUAUCAGUCAGCUCAUGACCGGCCUGCGUCAGCCGCCCGGGCAAACCACGUCGCACCAACACCGCCAGGCUCCUUUGUGCGUACAGAGUCCCCAUCGCCCCUGGCCGAAAAGGACGGCACGACUCCCACUUCAUCUUCUUCUUACGUCCCUUCCUCCGUGAGGACGAUGGCCGAGCACAAGCACUUUAUCCCCGCCGCCAUCGUCGCGACUCUCUUCAUCAUUUACGCACUUGGCCCUCGCCUAUUCUUCACCCUUGUCGGCCUGGCCGCCGCCCCCUUUAUCGCUCGCUACCUCCUUCCUCCCCGAGGCAGCCCAAAUCCGCCCUUGUCACUAGACGAAAUCGCGCAAGGCGAUGCCGUCGGCUGGGUCAACCACGCUCUGCGCGCGCUCUUCCCCCUCGUCUCGACCGAUGUUCUCACACCCUUUGUCGACUUGCUGGAAGAUGCGCUCAUUCAGCAGGUCCCUCCUAUUGUGACCUCGGUUCGCGUCUCGUCCGUCUCGCUUGGUACCAAACCCAUCGUCCUCACCUCGCUCCGGCCCAUUACCGAUGACGAAUGGUUCAGAUCGCUGGAUGAAAAGGCACGAAUCAUGACCCAGUCCAGUGUACCAUAUGCCAAGGCCAAAGAUACACAUAUCACUCCUGCAAACAUCACAAAGGGCCGUCAGCCAUCCGAGACGCUUUCCACAAGGCGUCGACCUUCCGAGAUCCAGCGACCAUAUUCUCUUUCUCCGGGAUCCCUGGCCGUACCACUCUCGCCAGGUGCGACCCCAUGGUCCCCGUCCUCUGCCUCCUCCUUCGGGUCACCCUCAUCUGUUCCAGCUCCAAUCAUCACCCCUGUAUCCCCAACUACUCCUUCGCGCAGAGCAACCACACGCCACACCCGCAGCGCCUCGAACGCGUCCCGUGCCUCCUUUCUCACCGCCUCCGACUAUGCCGUCUCCACACACGGCUCCACACAGUCUGGGGCGCCAGAACGCGCACAAACUAUGCGUAAACGCGACCGCCUCCUUGCCAAGCUGCGCGGCAACAAGGGCGCUCGUCGGGCCUCAUUUGCACCGCCCACGAACGGCAACGGUGCGCCCGGUAUCAGUGUUAUUCCCUCAGAACCCGGAGAGGACGACCACGACCGCAACGACGAAUACGUUCCGUUCUAUGACAAGGACGACCCAGACGGGCCCCAGUACGUAAACUACGAAUGUGGGUUUGUGUACCAGCACACGGCAGCCAUGGGUCGUGGCAACGGCCUACACAUGAUCACCCACUUUGGCGUCGGUGUCAAGGGUCUCACCGGCACCGAGUGGCCAGUGUACCUCGACGUCAGCCAGCUGUCCGGCAAGGUCCGCAUACGCCUGUUGCUGUGUGCCUCCCCGCCAUUUGUGCGCGAGGCGGCCUUUUCGUUUGUCACCAUGCCCCAGUUUGACAUUGCCGCCCGUCCUCUGGGUACCUUCAACGCCAUGGACGUGCCUCUCGUCAAGAGCUAUGUUGAAAAGUCCAUUGCACGCGUGGCGGGUGCCUUUGUCGCUCCCAAAGCGUUUUCUAUGGACGUCGACCGUCUCCUCCUGGGCCACGAAAGCACCCUGCGGACCCAGUCGGUCGGUGUCUUCCGCAUCAUGAUCCAUGGAGCGUCGGGCCUGCCGCGUACCGACACGGUUGGCUCUUCUGACCCUUACCUUGUCGUCUCCUACUCCAAGUUUAACAAGCCUCUAUUCUCUACUCGCACAAUUGUCGAUACUCUCGACCCUGUAUGGGAGGAGCCGGCCUACAUUCUCGUCCCAGCCGAAGCCAUCGAGGUCGGCGAGAAGCUCCGCAUGCGCAUUAUCGACUCGGACCGCUUCUCUUCCGACGACAGUAUUGGCCAAGUCGAGGUGGACGUCUACGACCUUGUUGAAAAGUCCACCAACACCCCUGGCGAAACGCUGUUCCGCCGUACCGAUGCACUCCAGCCCGAACAGACCGGUAUGCGCACCCAGGGCGAGUUGGACUGGUCCAUUCGUUUCUUCCCGCUGUACAAGAUGCCUCAGGCGGAAGUCCAGCGCCGCCUGCAGGCCAUCCAGGACAAGCGGGGUGAAGGCUACCCGCCGCCUCCUUGGUGGAUGGAGAAGAUUGCCAGCUACAUGGAGGUGCCGGGCUGGGAGACUGAGAGGCAGGAGAGGCGGAAGGAGACUCUGGCGUAUUUCACGGGCGAGCGUGCCCGCGACGAGAUGGAGGCAGCCGGCAAACCGACUGCCGAGCUGUGCUCUGGUGUUCUCCAGUUCCACGUUCACCAGUGUACGGACCUGGAGCUCGAGUCGCCCAACGGCACGUUCUCUGGCUCGUCCAUCAGUCGGCGCAAGUCUGCGGCAUCUGGCAAGCCCGCUUUGCACGAUGCCAUUGACCGCUCGGCUGCCGACCAGACCGACCCGCCCAGCUCAUACGUCGAGAUCCACGUGAACGACAAGUACGUCUAUCGCACACGUACCAAGCAACUCAACCCGGUUCCAUACUUCAACGCCGUGAGCGAGCGGUUCAUUGCCGACUGGCGCUUGGCCAAGAUCACCUUUGUGGUCCGUGACGACCGUAACCGCGAGCACGACCCGAUUAUCGGUCUGGUCUCUCUCCGUCUCAAGGACGUGCUCAAGGACAAGUGCCAGUUUACGCGCUGGUUCCCGCUCGUUGGUGGGCGUGGCUGGGGUCGUAUCCGUCUUUCACUCCUGUUCAAGCCCUUUGACAUGCACCUGCCACAAGGCAUUUCGUCUUUCGAGGCCGCCACGCUCGACAUUCUUGGGCUGGCGACGACGGACAUGUCCGAGCUGCAUGGGAAACAGCCCUCCAUCGUCAUUGAGACGGAGCAUGACAGCGCGUUACUUCGCGAACCCGAUGACGACGACCGCAGCGACGAGGCCGUUUCCGCCAGAGCGCAGAACGGCCAUGGACAAGCGUACGAGGCGCACAAUGGCCAGCAGACGGCCAGCCCCAACUCGGCGCGUGACUCCCGCCACUCGGCCGUGUCAGACCACACGACCAAGUCACAUAUCCAUGCCUCGCACACUUCGGGCAACGGCGUCUCGUGGGACAUUUCCAAGCCGGUCCGCCUCGCUGUCAUGUACCGCCACAGCUGCUCGGUGGUCUUCAGCCUUGUGCAGCGGCGCAAAAUCAAAAAGUCAAAGGUCCACGCCUUGGCCACGCUGCGCCUCGACGACUGUCAGGACGGCGUGGAGACGACCCGCAAGAUUCCCGUGUACGCUACCGCGUCGGUGCGGGACGCCAUGAGGGCUGCGCGCAUGUUCAUCGACAUGGGUGUGCAGGGAGGUACUGCCAACACUCCGCACGGCGUGCUCCGUGGCGGUGAUAUCCCCCAGGUCGAGCUCGUCGGCUUUAUCACUGUCACGUUUGUACUUCACUCGGGCAUGUCCCGAGUCCACCACAUACUGAAGAAACGCGACCUCAAGUUCCGCCACGUCUACGAGGCGUGGGAGGCAGCGCGCCUGCUCGAGGGCAGCUCGCACAGCAACUUGAACACGGACAACGAGAGCGGGUCCGACUCUGAAGACGAUUCGGAUUCCGACAAUGACGACUACGACCCGCUGGCGCGCGAGGAGAGCAGGGCCAAGCGGCGUAGCGGCGGCGCGGGUGCGGGUGCGGCGGCCAACGAGGCGAUGCAGCGCGACCACACGCGCGAGCUCGCCGAGCGCAGCGGGUCCCACGGCAAGGCGCUGCGCAAGUCGAACAAGGGCAUUUUCCAGCUCAAGCUCGCGCGGACAGGCAAGUUUGUCAAGGACAAGGUCGAGGCCAAGCUUCUCUCCAGUUCGGUCGGCACCAAAGUGGAUGCCAGGCCGCGCGGCAUGGACCUCGAGGUCGAGCACGAGGGCCAGAGCCACUUCUAA